AUGUCCAAGUUUAUGGGUCCCGAGAGGCGAAAGUUCGAAGAUACUCUCCUCAAAGAAAUUGACAAGGUUCCCCUGUUUAUGACAGAGUUACCGGAGGAGGAGAGUGAAUCCCUCGCGGCUUUGCAGUCUUUGCUAUAUGAUGGUUCACCCGAAGAAAUAGCCGAGAAUUUCAAGAAGCAGGGAAACGAAUGUUUUAAAGAGGGUAAAACAAGAUAUCAAGAUGCGAUUACCUAUUACACCAAAGCAUUGGAAACAAAUUGCAAAGAUAAUAAAAUUAUCGAGGCUUGCCUCGCGAAUCGAGCAGCAGUGAACUUGGAGUUGGGAAAUUUUCGUAAAGUACUCACCGAUUGCGCCAAAGUUAUUAGAUCGAAUCCCAUGAAUGUUAAAGCGUUCUAUCGAUCCGCAAAAGCUUUAUGUGAACUUGAGAAAAUGAAGGAGGCAAUCGAUUGUUGUGAUCACGGUCUAAAAACACGUAACAUUAAUAUGGAAACGACCAAUGUCGCACACACAUCACCGCAUUCGGUGCAUCUGAACCCUGAAGGUCAACUGAUUUGGCCUGUGGUAUUUUUAUAUCCCGAAUACCAGGAAACGGACUUCAUCGCUGAAUUCAACGAAGGAAACACGUUUCAGGAUCAUCUUGAUGUGAUGUUUGAAAAUCCUGCACCUUGGGACACUUUGCACAAGUAUACGCCCGACAAAGUUCAAAUUUAUUACGAAUACAUUUGGACAACAGGAAAUGAGGUUAAACCGAAAUUACUAAAAAUUGGUAAGAAUUGUAUUCUGAAAGAAGUACUUUCACAUCAAAAGUACGUCGUUAAGAAUGGAAUUCCCAACUUUAUCGUUCUAUCGAACGAGGGAGAAUUUAAGGAGGAAUUUUUGUCGAGGUAUAAAUAA